CGCCGGCCUGCCGCGAGCCCGUCAGCAAUAUGGCGUCUUCCAGGGGUGACGGUUGGACCGGACCGGGCUGGCGGCGGCCCGGUAUUGUGGCCACCGCCGAAGGACCUUAUCCCUCGGAGGCGGAAGCCGGGGCCGAAGGCCUCUAUGUGGCUGUGGAGCGCUGCCCUCUUUGCAACAGCACGCGCCGCCGCUUGACCUGCGCCAAGUGCGUCCGCAGCGGCGACUUCGUUUUCUUCGAUGGCCGCGAUUCUGAGCGGUUUUCUGAAAAAAAAGAGAGACUAAAGCACCUUAAAAAGAAACAGCAUGAAUUCCAGUCUCAGUUGUUAAAAGCUAUGGAGGGGAAGCAGAUAGCGGAUCAGCUGAGAUGGAAAAUAAUGUCUUGCAAGAUGAGAAUUGAGCAACUGAAGCAAACAAUAUGCAAAGAAAAUGAAGAAAUAGCAAAAAAUUCUGAGUGGCUUCUUAAGAUUAAAGAUGAGAACCAGAAGCUUUAUCGAAGGGCUCAGCGCCAUCAGGAGAAAAAGGAGAAAAUCCAGAGGCACAAUCGCAGACUUGGAGAGUUGGUAGAGAAGAGAAACUAUGACUUGAGAAGCCAUCAUGAGCAUCUGGCAAAUCUCCGGCGGUCACAUGUCCUAGAAUUAACCUCUGUUAUAUUCCCUAUUGAGGAAGUGAAGAUUGGCAUGAGGGACCCCACAGAUGUAUCUUCCGAGAGUGAGAAUGCCAUGACGUCUAGCACAGUGAGCAAGCUUGCAGAAGCCAGGAGGACCACCUACCUUUCUGGGCGAUGGGUGUGUGAUGACCAUAAUGGAGACACCAGCAUUGGCAUCACAGGCCCUUGGAUAACCCUUCCCAACAAUGGGGAUUAUUCUGCAUAUUACAAUUGGGUAGAAGAGAAGAAAACCACACAAGGACCAGACAUGGAGCAUAACAAUCCUGCUUAUACCAUCAGUGCUGCUCUGUGCUAUGCAACUCAGCUGACUAACAUUUUGUCACUUAUACUGGAUGUAAACCUUCCCAAAAAGCUAUACAACAGUGAAUUCUGUGGAGAAAAUCUCAGCAGGAGGAAAUUCACCUGGGCAGUGAAAAAGCUAAAUGCCAAUAUCCUUUACCUUUGCUUUUCUCAGCACGUCAACCUAGAUCUUCUGCACCCUCUACAUACUCUCAGAAACCUGAUGUACUUGGUCAGUCCUGAGACAGAACAUUUGGGAAGGUCUGGACCAUUUGAGAUCAGUGCUGAUUUGGAAGAUUCCAUGGAGUUUGUGGACCCCAGUGGUGCUGGUGAAACAGAUGAGAGUGGAGAUGAGCACAUAAGUGAUGAAGAAACUGACCUUGGAACAGACUGGGAGAACCUGCCCAGCCCACGGUUCUGUGACAUCCCCUCCCAGCCGGUAGAGAUGCUGCAGAGCCAGAGCACACAGGCAUCACAACCGAUAGCCAGCAGCAGUGCCGGUGGCAUGAUCUCCUCAGCAGCAGCCUCAGUUACCUCUUGGUUUAAGGCAUACACUGGACACCGUUAAGAAAUAGUUGGGCCUCUAUGUGGGAAAUUCCCUAUUCUGACCCACCAUCACUGUAGUAGACUUUGUGUACUCAGUUCAGUAGUGCCUGGAACAACAGGGGUCUGACUUCCAUUUGCAAAAGCUCCAGAAGCUCUUUAUUUGCCCAAGCUGUAAAUUCCUCCCAACAUAUGUUUUCAGACACCUGCAAUGGAACUCAACAGUUCUGAGUCACUGCCUUUUUUUUCUUUUUCUGCUGAAGAGGAAAGAAUUUUACCUGCACAUUUUAUUUCCAGUUUAUAUUUUCUAAAAGAAACUAAGAAAACAGACUCUGGAUGUGUAACCUGGCAAUCAUUUGAAGCAUGGAGACAGGAAGAGAAUCAUGGAAGAAAGUAAUCUGACAGUCAUGCAAAUGUUUGAGCCCAUCUUGGUCAAUCAGUUCUAGCAAUGUUCUUGGACUUCUUUCUUUUAAAGUGUGCAUCAUUCACAAACUUACCACACAAAUGCACAUUUCAGGAACCUUCUGGCAAAUGAUGCUUUUUUAAUGAGUUUCUAAAUUCUGUUGCCAUAAUUUUAAUACAGAAAAUCAUCUUUUUUUUGUUUAAGAAAAAAAUACUGGCGAUAAUUAUGACUUUUUUGUAUGUGUUGCAUUCAUCCAUUAGUAGAUCAAUGUUUUUCACAGUGAGCCAUCCAGAGUUCCCAGGCUCCUUGCUCUAGCUACCAGACACCAAAGAAAGGCUGGGCCAUAAUAAUUUGCCAAUAUAGAGCAACUCUGCUGCGGCCAUAAGGUUUGUUUUUUCACAAGUUAUGAGGUGGAAACAUACCUCUUGCAGUUUGGUUAUGUGUACUACAUAUUCUCUUUGGGAAAGCUGGCACUCCUGAGAUGAGAGCAUGAGGACUUAUCCUCCCUUUUGUGUCCAGUUAUUGGAUGUAGUAUGUUGUACAUAGGACUUCAAUCCGUUGUGAUUUUGUUUUCAGUCUUGGAGGGUUUUUUGGAAGUAAAAAAGCUUUCCAUUUUCAUUGUAUUCUUUUGUCCAUCCUCCUUUAAUUUGGGUUUAUAUAUUUGAUCCACUUCAGAUGCUUCCUGGGCAGUGAGUCAGUUCCUGUGAGUCUGUUUAUGUUUCUCUUUCUCCAUGCGGUGUUGGCUUUCCAUGCUGGGAUCAGAACUUGGGGGUUAGGCAGUUUUGCAUCAUUCUUCCUAUCAAAAAGGAUAAGGGAUAGGUCUUGCAAAUCAGGCUAGUAGUAUAAGUACGUACUUUUUUUAAAGGGGCUUGAUCAGAUAAGAAAGUGCUGAGUCAUGAUGAUGUCACGGGUGGCGUCAAGGUGGCACCCGCGGGCACCACCUUGAUGCUACUCCAGUGAUGUCAUCAUGACUCGGCACUUUCUUAUCUGAUCAAGCCCCUUUAAAAAAAGAAUGUACUUAUACUACUCAGGCUUAUUUAAAGAUUAAUCACACAUGUCUUUCAAUACCAUCAUAUCUUUACUUGAUCAUAAGAAUUAUUGACUCUCACUGAGCAUAUCUACCAAACUUUGUGUGGAACUCCAGUGAGAAAAUCCUCUGUAACCAACAGUUCUGUGCAACACUUGCUUAUAUUGUGACACAGUAAGGAGAAAAAUGGCAUAUACUCACUCCUUCAUAAAGCAGUUUCUGUCUUCAUAUUGCCUAGUGGUCCAAAAUAUUGGGUAGGCAGUUGCAGCCAUCAUUGAUAUGCUGCCCCAUUUGCGGACUCUGGGUGGCUAACAUUUACAGUCAGUAGUCUGUAAGCCACCCAGCCCAUUCCUAGCAAUGUGAGUUUUUGAUGCUUUUCUACCUUGGAGCCAGUUCAGCCUUUCAGUAGAGCAGGUACUGCUAUUAUGUGGAAUAUCCUGUCUUGAAGAAAACACACACAAUGCUUGUCAAACAUUAACACUUUGGAGAUUUUAUAUUGGGGGGAUUUUUCUGCAUUAAAAAGAGAUUGCAGUCCUGCAAGAACUUCUGAAUUGGCUCUUGGCAAAUCAAUUCUAUUAACUGUUUCUAUGAUGGUCUUCUAUUUGAGCCCAGAGUGGGUAUAAUGAAAUAUAUGUGGAUUUCAGUAACUUCGCUAUGCAGAUUUUUUCCUGCCAAAUAGGAAUUUAUCUGGAGGAUAGGGAAUCUACUUCUUUACAUUUCUGUUGCUAAACCAAAGAUUGCUUUUGUUAAGUGUUUUGAUUUAAAACCCAGGUGAUGUGAUUCUUCCAUUCAUAAGACUUAGUAUACUUAAGAUAGCAAUACUGUGAUCCAGAUGCAUCAUCAUUGGCUUCUGUGGAAGUUGUAUUGAUUUACAAAAAAAUGGAAGCGGAUGGAAUUGUGAAUGACUUUGGGCUUUGUCUCAAAGAUCUUUGGCGACAUGGGAUUGUCCUCUUACCUAUGUCUGUUAAUGAAAUAAGGGGAAAGUUGUUAGAAGAAAGGCACUUUAUUGGUUGCAGGUGAGAUGGGCUGCUUAACAUUGUGACUGCUGGAAAAGUGGAGGGUGGGCUCUCAACACUGUAAAUAUGUUUGUGUGUUUCCUUUUCCUCUUCUGUUGUGUGUUCUUUCUCCUGCUUAUUUCUGAAUAUAAACACUUGGAAAUCAUUUCUAGUGAACUGAGGCAAAUAAAUUUAAAAGCCAGUAAGCCAUGAAUCUUUUUUGCUUGUCAGUUUCAACUUCUUAAAAUGGUGCCUCUCUCCUUCAAGAGUGGAGCAUCGCUUUGGAGGCCACCAAGAGGCAUCCAAAUUGUAAUAAGGUAGGGUGCUGCUCCCUUUCAAGAAAAUAUUUUUGUAUUUUUUUUAUGAUUUUACACCUCCACAGCUAUCUGGAGAAGCUACGAAUCUCUUUCUAAAAUUACAGUGCAAUAGAGAAACAUUCUAUUUAAUGGAUAGGGAAGACAGACCACCCAUUGAUGGGUAUCCUGGGAUUAUACAGCUAAUUGAGCAUUUUGUAAGAUGUUCUGGUGUCACAAAGGCAGAGUUGUAUCUUUAGGCCCAAGAAUCUCAAAAUGGUUAGUGGGUUAUUAGAAAUACAGUAAGUGGUUUGCUGUCUGAAAAUCGGUCCUCCAAACAGAAGGAUUGCUAAUUGAGUACCCCUAAAUCCAUAGCUUCUUUUUUUAGCUCAUGACCUUGUGGUGCCACUUUCAAACUAGUAGACCUAACUACAGACGUGUUUUUAAAAUUGUAUUACUGCAAUAAAUCUUUGUU